CCGCCGGCGAGGAGGGGCCGAGCCGCGGGGGAUCCUGGAAUCGGCGGGAGGCGGGGAUUCCGGGAGGAAGGCUCCAUUUCCUCCUUCCCGCCGCGCCCCUCGCCCGCACCCCGAGCGCCCGGCGCCGCCCCCGCGGCGGGAGGAUGCUGGGCAUGUACGUGCCGGACAGGUUCUCCCUGAAGUCGUCCCGCGUGCAGGACGGGAUGGGGCUCUACACGGCCCGCAGGGUCGCCAAGGGCGAGAAGUUCGGGCCGUUCGCCGGGGAGAAGAGGAGGCCGGAGGAGCUGGACGAGCACAUGGACUACAGGCUCAUGUGGGAGGUCCGCGGGAGCCAGGGGGAGGUCCUGUACGUUCUGGACGCCACCAACCCGCGCCACUCCAACUGGCUGCGCUUCGUGCACGAGGCCCCGUCGCAGGAGCAGAAGAACUUGGCUGCCAUUCAGGAAGGAGAAAACAUUUUCUACCUGGCGGUGGAAGACAUAGAGUCAGACACAGAGCUGCUGAUCGGCUACCUGGACAGUGACAUGGAGGCCGACGAGGAGGAGCCGCAGACCCCGCCGAUGGCCCCGGAGCGGGGAGGCCACCUCGCUCAAGGGGACUCCACUCCUGGCAGGACAGGCUGCCGCGGCUGUGGCGAGGACCACGCCUGUCCCCAGUGCGAGUCCAGCUUCCCCAGCGAGGAGGUCCUGGCCGAGCACCUGCACGCGCUGCACCGGUCGCCGGACGGGGAGAAGGAGUUCAAGUGCAAGCCCUGCGGGAAGAAGUUCCCCGUGCGCCAGGCCCUGCAGAGACAUGCUCUUCAGUGCCCGGCCAAAGGCAGCCCGAAGGACUCGCCCCGAAGCUUCCAGUGCUCCGCCUGCAACGCGCCCUUCAGCUCGGCGCCCAGCUGCGAGCAGCACCAGGAGACGUGCAGGGGCAAAGCCAGGUUCGUGUGCAAGGCCGGCAGCUGUGGGAAGCGGCUGAAGAGCAGGGAUGCCCUGAAGAGACACCAGGAAAACGUCCACGCGGGAGAUCCUAAGAAAAAGCUCAUCUGUUCCGUGUGCAAUAAAAAGUGUUCUUCAGCAUCCAGCCUGCAGGAGCACAGGAAGAUCCAUGAGAUAUUUGAUUGUCAAGAAUGUAUGAAGAAAUUCAUUUCGGCGAAUCAGCUAAAACGUCAUAUGAUCACCCACUCAGAGAAACGGCCCUAUCGCUGCGAGAUUUGCAACAAAUCCUUCAAGCGGCUGGACCAGGUGGGCGCCCACAAGGUGAUCCACAGCGAGGACAAGCCCUACAAGUGCAAGCGCUGCGGGAAGGGCUUCGCCCACCGGAACGUGUACAAGAACCACAAGAAGACCCACUCCGAGGAGAGGCCGUUCCAGUGCGAGGAAUGCAAGGCCCUAUUCCGGACCCCGUUUUCCCUGCACAGACACCUGCUCAUACACAACAGUGAGAGGACCUUCAAGUGCCAUCACUGCGACGCGACCUUCAAGAGGAAGGACACGCUGAGCGUGCACGUGCAGGUGGUGCACGAGCGGCACAAGAAGUACCGCUGCGAGCUGUGCAACAAGGCCUUCGUCACGCCCUCCGUGCUGCGGAGCCACAAGAAGACACACACGGGAGAGAAGGAGAAGACCUGCCCGUACUGCGGCCAGAAGUUCGCCAGCAGCGGGACACUCCGCGUGCACAUCCGCAGCCACACAGGAGAAGCCCUACAAGUGCUCGGACUGCAGCAAGGCCUUCAGCCAGAAGCGGGGCCUGGACGAGCACCGGAGGACGCACACCGGGGAGAAGCCCUUCCAGUGCGACGUGUGCGACCUGGCUUUCAGCCUGAAGAAAAUGCUGAUCCGACACAAGAUGACGCACAACCCCAACCGCCCGCUGGCGGAGUGCCAGUUCUGCCACAAGAAGUUCACGCGGAACGACUACCUCAAGGUGCACAUGGACAACAUCCACGGCGAGGCCGACAGCUGAUGGCGGGGCCGCGGAGGGGGCCCUGGCGGAGCCCAGCUCUCCCCGUGAGCGUGGCAGAGGCAGCCAGCAGCACGCACUGGCCUCACAGCCCUUUGUGCCGACCUUUAGAGCCUGUAGACACACCUGCAACAAGAGAACAGCCCACUCUACCAAGAAAUGGUGCAGAUGGGAAAAAAGACAACUUUGUAGCCCUACACAAUAGACUUGUGCUCUGUUCCUAUAAAAAUGGAAGGAGAGUCUCGUCCUUGGCCAUCUCCAUCUCGCUGAUGAAGGUUAUUCACAUGCACACUGUUAGGCCUUCCUGUUAUGCUGUGUUUGCGUGUGUGUGCGUGUGUGUGCGUGCGUGUGCGUCAGUGUGCAUGUGUGUUGUCUGUGUGUGUCUGCACGCGUGUGUGUGUGCACGCGUGCAUGUGCAUCAGUGUGCAUGUGCGUUGCCUGUCUACGUCUGCAUGUGUGUGUGUGUGUGCGUGUGCGAGGGCGCGCCGUGCACAUGCCGGUUAUUGCCCCUGGUUAUUGCUAACAUAGCCAUAAGGAAAUUCAGAUUCUCAAGACUCCUCACUGUGGACGGGAUGCGGGCCAGGUCCCACGUGUCCACACGAUGGCCCAUGGGACUCGCUGUUACCAGGGCCUGUGAAAUGGAGCAGGUGUUGCUCCUAUGCGACACCUCCCGGCCGCAGGUCAGUUUAAAAUAAAGAGGCAGCUGAGCGCUCACACCCCACGGCACUGCUGCUCGUUUCCAGCAAUUCUGAGGAAACGUGACUGCUCCCGUCACGCAGACGCAGGCACUCACUGUGCUAAGAUCUGCACAGGAGCGGCCACAGCAGUGACACGCUCACCAGGCGGGGGCCUCCUGAAGUGAACACACGAG